AUGUCUGCGUCAAGCGAUCUGACGCGGGACAUGCUACACGGUGUCUCACGAUGGUUUCCGUAUGGCAAAGAACAAAAUCUCGGAUGGCGUUUCGACGCAAUCUCUCUACUCGCCAUCAUCGGCGAGUCGAGCGUAGCUGAGCAUUCGCAACUCAUCACCUCCUCGAUCUUCUGCCUUAUGCCCCAGAUAACGGCAAAGCUCACUGGCGUCUUUAGCGGAGUAACGCUUGAUUCAAUCAGCUUCUUCGCCAACAUUAUCCACCCGCUGGAUAAACUACCACCAUAUGGAUUCGUUGUGUUGGAGAUUACGUACGCGGACCAAGGAUGCCACUCACGGUCAAUGGUCGACAGUGAUUGCGGUAGCAUGUCCAGUGGAACAGCGGUAGACUCCAUCGACGGUGACAUGGAGAGUAGCAGCCGCAUUAUCCGGCGCCGAACAACCGCUCAGACAUUAGUAAACUUCCUAACGAGCCCUGGUGCGAGAGCAGGAGAACGGCCGGCCGUGCCGCCAAGUUUGUUUUCUCCAAUUCAUGUCCUCUCAGUGUUCAGUGUCCUUCUGACGGUGGGGCUAAUCGCGGGCGCUGCCGUGGCGCAAGACGGCGUUGCGAUCCUGUCUAUGGUGCUCAUGGGAACUGUCAGCGUGGUCGUCGGCUUGGCCAACUGGUGGAAGCCUAUACUACAAACGCGUAAAGAUGAAGGCAAGGUGCCUAACGGAGAUGUCGUGAUCCGCACGCGGACGGGCGCCAUGAUUCUAGUGCGCUGUUCCGAGGAUAUCGCGCGCGAGCUGUACUCCGGCACAGAGGAAUGUGAGUACCGGCUUGAUUCGCACUGGCACCGGGGACUGAUGGGCAUCGGGGCGGUGCUGCUGAUGGUGAGCAUCGUGCUCAUUGGCAACUGCACAUGGUACAUGCAGGCCGCCAUUGGCGCGAGUUUCAUCAUGCUCAACGGAAUGUACUGGGCCAUGGGGCUAUUGCCGCGGGAAUGCUUCUGGGACCUGAGUCGCUAUCGGAUUCGGGACGUGACGCCGGCCGAUGCACAAAACGCGCACCUCGACGCUGGCGGUGAGGGUAUUGAAGGUACAGCUUGCUUCACACGCACAUUGUGGUAUGCAGUCCGCGAAACACGUCACAUCGAGCGCAGCGGCGCGGCGCCUGGCACCGCAAUGUGGAGGAGGUGGCUUGCGGAUGCGCAACAUGCGGCAAAGGGGGGCAAUCGGCAAUGGAAGGCAAUUGAGAGGAAGGAUGAGUUGCUUGGCAUGCAGGAGAGUGCAGAAAAUCAUGCCCCCUUGACAGAGGUUGAACCAAACUAUAAUACCCUUCAGUCAUAA